AAGAAAAUAAAGAGAGAGAAACUAGAGAGAGAGAGAGAGAGAGAGAGUAAUACUAACAUGCUUGUAAACAAAAGCUGUGAGAGAGAAAGAAAGAGAAGGUAGCUAGCUCUGCCAUGGGGAAUCAUAGUACUAACAAAAGAUUGUUUGCAUGUAGGUCCUUACCAUCCUCUUCUUAUUACUCAUCAAAAACACUAAUUUUGUUGGUUGUGAUUAUAUUUCCUCUGGUGGUGGUUUCUGGGAUAUUUUCAUUUUUGGGUCCAAAAUCCUCAAACUCAUGGGUUUUCAUCCCAAACUACCCUUGGCUUUGGAGCUCUGUGUCUUCUUCUCCUACUAGUAGUACUUCUGAAGUUUCUUUAAGGUCAAACAUGGUGGUGGAUAUUGUGAACAACAAUAAGGAAGAAGCUAUUUCUGAUGAUUCUUUGUUUAAUCGUUCUUCUUCUCCACCACUUGCCAUAGAAGCAAUUUCUCCAUCACCUUCUCAAGAACAUUCUAAUGAUACCAAAGAAAAUAGCUUCAACAUUUCGGCGAGUGAACCCCAAAUUGUUGUUCCAUUGGUGAAUGAAUCUCGUGUUGUUCCCUUGGUAAAAGCAAGACGGCAUAGAGAAUAUUCCGAUUUAGAGCGGCUUGAAGCCCGCCUAAUGAAAGCUCGAUCCGCAAUUAGUGAAGCUAAGGUUGGGAAUGAGACGCAAGAUCCUGAAUAUGUUCCAACGGGUCCAAUGUAUUGGAAUUCCAAAGCCUUCCACAGGAGCUACAUAGAAAUGGAAAAGGAGUUCAAGGUAUUUGUGUAUGAAGAAGGCGAGCCUCCAUUGUUCCACAAUGGCCCUUGCAAGAGCAUAUACUCCAUGGAGGGAAACUUCAUCCAUGAAAUCGAGAUGAACAGCCAGUUUCGAACCAAAGAUCCGAACAAAGCGCACGUUUUUUUCCUCCCAUUCAGCGUGACAAUGUUGGUCCGAUACGUAUACGUCCGCGACUCCCACGAUUUCCAUCCCAUCAAGCAGACCGUCAUAGACUAUGUCAAUGUCGUUUCGGAAAAGCAUCCCUUUUGGAAUCGUAGCCUUGCAGCUGAUCAUUUUAUGCUUUCCUGCCAUGAUUGGGGGCCGGAAGCUUCCAGAUCCAAUCGAUUUUUACACCAAAACUCGAUAAGAGUUCUAUGCAAUGCGAACACCUCGGAGGGUUUUAACCCCUCCAAGGAUGUCUCCUUCCCGGAAAUCAACCUCCUAAGUGGCGCGACCGACGGCUUACUAGGCGGCCCAUCAGCGUCUCGCCGUCCCAAUCUUGCUUUCUUUGCCGGAGGAGUUCACGGACCAAUCAGACCUAUACUCCUAGAGCACUGGGAGAACAAAGACGAGGACAUGAAAAUCCAGCAGUACCUCCCCAAGGGGGUCUCUUACUACGAUAUGCUUAGAAAGAGCAAAUACUGCAUUUGCCCGAGCGGGUACGAGGUGGCAAGCCCGAGAAUCGUGGAGGCGAUCUACACGGGCUGCGUUCCCGUGCUUAUCUCCGACCACUACGUCCCGCCGUUCAGCGAUGUCUUGAACUGGAAAUCGUUCUCCGUCGAGGUCCCGGUGAAGGACAUUCCCAACCUGAAGACAAUCCUAAUGAGCAUAUCUCCAAGGCAGUACAUAAGAAUGCAGAGGAGAGUGCUAAAAGUGAGGAGACACUUUGAGGUCAAUUCUCCGCCUAAGAGGUUUGAUGUAUUUCACAUGAUUCUUCAUUCCGUUUGGCUCAGAAGACUUAAUAUCAGAAUUCAUGAUGAUCAAUAAAAUCAUGAAUAUCUAAUUUGAAGGCUGUGAUCAUGUUUGGUUGAUGAGGGUGAUACAUGAGAUUCUUUUUUUUCCUUUGUGUGCAAUCUAGUUGAAUUGAUGUACAAUAAUAUAAGGUUUCAGUUGUGCACUAAUGUGGAUGUAAUGAUCUGCUAUAGUGCAUGUACAAUAUUCCUUAUGGUGCGAGGCUUAGCGAGUUGUAUUGUAUAAAUCUGUGUUGUAAAUUUUUAUUUUUAUUUUUUUGAAUUGCAAAUGAAGUGAUUGUUUUGUUAGG